GAGGGCAGGCGGGCACUUGAGUCUGCAAGGCCAGUGUGAGGAGGACUCGCCCCAGGCCUGCCACCCUUGGGCUCAGACAGGAAGAAGCAUGUCGGGGGACAGCCCAUAGCACCCCACCCGGCAUCAGCACCCAAAGACCUCUGUAACCCACCCCAGAGGGCCACCACACGGCCUCCUCCACUGCUCCCUGGCCACGGCAGGCUGAGGCGGGUGGCCCUCUGUGACAUCAGCGCUGCCCCUGCAGUCCCCCACAGCCCCCAUCCGGCAGAGAGCAGCGAGCGUCAUGGGUUCCCGCUGUGCCAAGCUGGGCACGGGGCCUGGCCGCAGCCACGUGUCCUCCAUGAAGAAGCUGGUGGCCUGCGUGAGUCAGGACAACUUCUCCCUGUCCUCGGGCGGCGAGGAGGAGGAGGAGGAGGAGGAGGAGGAGGAGGAAGAGGAGGAGGCAGCGGUGGCGGCGGAGCCCGAGGCGGGGGAGGAGCAGGAGGACGGAGACGAAGAGGAGGAGGAGGACGAGGGGGAUGAGGAGGAAGAGGAGGAGGACGAGGAGGAGCUUCCCCUGCAGGGCAAGCUGCUGCUGAUGGAGCCGGAGCGGCAGGGGGCGCCCCCAGAAGCCAAGCCCGGGCCCCCGUAGAGCCCCUGACCCCCACACAGGCUGGCGGAGGCCCCAGAGUGUUCCCGGGAGGACUUUGCCAAUUGUCACUACACAAUAAACCCCUGGAGGACUCGCCCA